AUGUCGGGGCAUGCUCCUCAUGAGGCGACAGAUGGUGUCCUGGGUUAUUUCCUCCCAGAUCUGGACCAGGGCAUUACUGAGCUCCUGGACAGUCUGAGGUAUGAUAUAAGAGGGGACAUUUUAGUUGAUGUGGGAUCUGGCCCCACUCUCUACCAGGUCAUGAGUGGUUGUGAGAGAUUUGAUCGUGUCAUCCUGUCUGACUUUUUGGAAGUGAAUCGAAAAGUGCUGCAAAGCUGGCUACAGGAGGGAAAGAGCAGUAUAGACUGGACUGCUUACUUCAAGUAUGUGUGUGAACUGGAGGGUCGCAGUUCAUCGGCUUGGGCAGAAAAAGCAACACGUCUUCGCUCAGUUGUGUCUGAUGUGCUGCCAGUUGACGUACACCAGUCCUUUCCAUUAUCACCAGAGUUCUUGCCCCCUUCUGGAGCAGACUGUCUAGUGUCAUCUUUCUGCCUGGAAAGUGUAAGCCAUGACUUGCUUUCCUUCAACCAUGCCCUAGGACACAUCUCCAGUCUGCUUAAAAAAGGUGGUUACCUCCUGCUUAUUGGUGCCCUGGGAGAGAGUUUCUAUAUGGGGGCACCAGGGCUGUACAUCCCUGUGGUCCCUCUGGAUGAGUCUCAGGUCUGUGCUAGCCUGAAGGCCAGUGGAUAUGAGCUGUUGCAGUUGUGUAUUUACCACCUGCCUCCAGACAUGAAGGUGGGAGUGGAUGAUGUCACUGCUGUGUUCUUUGCAAAAGCUAAGAAAUCAUAA